GGAGGGAGCACCGCGUGGAGAGAGGGCUCUUCUGAGCAUUAAAGUCAGCGAACAAAGAGAACUCCCAGCAGCCGCCCGCCAGCAGCCUCGCAGCUGCAUCGGAGACGCCAGACACGCCCGGAAGGCGCUUGGAAUCAGCCUCCUUGGGAAAAGAACUCCAGUUAAUAAUUGAUGGAGAUUGAUUGGACCCAAGACAAAGCUUUGCAGAAAACCACGCCAUCCGAUUUUAAGCGGGUCGGGAAUCUUCUGCCAAGUACGGGACAUGAGUGUGGAGUAAGGACUUUGAGCGCGGCUGCCGGUCUUCCUUCUCGGGCGUGGCUCAGGCCUUUUUGUUUCCUGGUGCUGCACGCCCUCUCCCACACCCAUAUCCCCGCGCUCUUUUCCUUUCUCUUGAAAGUAACCGCUCUCUGGUUACUUCUAUUCUGUCCUCCCUUGCAAUCCCGCCCUUUCCCCUGCCCAGUCCGGUGAAGUCAGCUCAUGAAUAUCUCUGCACUUCCUGGGCAGCGUCUGGCACUGCUUGGCACCUCGGGCGUUCGCCUGCAGCGAGCGCAGCGCCAGCCCGGCCGCGGACCUCCUGGAAGUGACCGGCUCUUGACGUUAGCGCCAUUGUUUGGAGAAAUCGCGUGAGUGUGGAACUGGAACCAAGGGUCCCACCAAUCCUGCUCAGCCAGAAAGUCGCAUAUAAUACCGCGAAGCUGAACUUUGCUCUGAAAGACACAAAAGCAAACUCUAUGAGAUCCCUGGAAUAUCGGAAGGAAAGUGCUGUUGAUUUGCAUCGUCUUGGAAACAUCUCCUCUGCUGAGAAGUGAGCAGUUCUGGAUUUCUAAUGCGGUGCUUCCUACACCGCCAUGAGUCAGCCACCGAUCGGGGGCGCUGCCCCUGCCGCAGCCGCAGCUUCCGCCGCCGCCGCAGCCACCGAGGCUCGCCUGCACCCGGAGGGCAGCAGCCGAAAGCAGCAAAGAGCUCAGUCGCCCGCUAGACCCAGGGACAGCUCUCUCCGACAGGCAGCCGUGGCCACCCGGACCCCGGUGGGCGCCGGCUCGAAGCUCAAUUCCGUUCGGCAGCAACAGCAGCAACAGCAGCAGCAGCAGGGUAACAAGUCCGGGAGCCGCGCAGCGCUCGCGGCCGGAGCCCGCGGAGGCGGAGGCGGGGCGGAGAAGGCGGUGCCCCUGGCGCCCAAAGGGGCUGCCCCGGGAGCUGUCCAGUCCGCGGCUGGUGCUGAAGCGGCCCCCGCGACGACCCUGGCCGCUGUGGGCGGCAGGAGGCCCGGGCCGCCAGACGAGCCGCCCCGGGAGUCAGAGUCAGUGCCCUCAAAAAUCGGGGAACCCCCUCCGCUCGGGGAAGGAGGAGGAGGGGGCGGGGAAGGAGGAGGAGCCGGUGGCGGCUCCGGGGAAAGGGAGGGGGGCGCUCCGCAGCCGCCGCCGCCGCCCAGGGGCUGGCGAGGGAAAGGCGUCCGCGCGCAGCAGAGGGGCGGCAGCGGCGGGGAGGGGGCCUCCCCUUCGCCAUCAUCCUCUUCUGCGGGCAAAACCUCAGGCCCGGGGAGCAGAAACUCCGGGAGUGGCGUUGUGGGGAGCGGCGGGAGCUACUGGAAGGAAGGAUGCCUGCAGUCUGAGCUCAUCCAGUUUCAUCUCAAGAAAGAGCGGGCGGCGGCGGCGGCCGCCGCGGCUCAGAUGCACACUAAGAACGGCGGCGGCAGCAGUAGCCGCGGCUCCCCGGUCGCUGGCGGGCCAGCCAUUUGCGAAGCCCUCGGCGUCCCUUCCGCCUCCCCAAUGGCGGCCGCGGCGGAGGGCCCCCAGCAGAGCGCAGAGGGCAGCGCGAGCGGCGGCGGUGGCGGCAUGCAGGCGGCGGCGCCCCCUUCGUCGCAGCCGCACCCGCUGCAGCUCCAGGAGCAGGAGGAAAUGCAGGAGGAGAUGGAGAAGCUGCGAGAGGAGAACGAGACUCUCAAGAACGAGAUCCAUGAGCUGAGAACAGAGAUGGACGAGAUGAGGGACACUUUCUUCGAGGAGGAUGCCUGUCAACUGCAGGAAAUGCGCCAUGAGUUGGAGAGAGCCAACAAAAACUGCCGGAUCCUGCAGUACCGCCUCCGCAAAGCCGAGCGCAAAAGGCUCCGCUACGCACAGACAGGGGAAAUCGACGGGGAGCUGUUGCGCAGCCUGGAGCAGGACCUCAAGGUUGCAAAGGACGUAUCCGUCCGACUUCACCAUGAAUUGGAAAAUGUAGAAGAAAAGAGAACAACAACAGAAGAUGAAAAUGAGAAACUGAGGCAACAGCUCAUAGAAGUUGAAAUUGCAAAGCAAGCUUUACAGAAUGAACUGGAAAAAAUGAAAGAGCUAUCCUUAAAAAGAAGAGGAAGCAAAGAUUUACCAAAAUCUGAAAAAAGGACUCAGCAGACUCCCCCAGAGGAGGACAAUGAAGAUCUGAAAUGCCAGCUGCAGUUCGUUAAGGAAGAAGCUGCUUUGAUGAGGAAGAAAAUGGCCAAGAUUGACAAAGAAAAGGACAGAUUCGAACACGAGCUUCAGAAGUACAGAUCCUUUUAUGGGGAUCUGGACAGUCCUCUGCCCAAAGGAGAAGCCGGGGGUCCUCCCAGCACCCGGGAGGCCGAGCUCAAGCUGCGGCUGAGGCUGGUGGAGGAAGAAGCCAACAUCCUGGGCCGGAAAAUUGUGGAACUGGAAGUGGAGAACAGGGGGCUAAAGGCGGAGCUGGACGACCUGAGAGGCGAUGACUUCAAUGGCUCAGCCAAUCCGCUCAUGAGAGAGCAGAGCGAGUCCUUGUCGGAGCUGCGGCAGCACCUGCAGCUGGUGGAAGACGAGACGGAGCUGCUGCGCAGGAACGUGGCCGACUUGGAGGAGCAGAACAAGCGCAUCACCGCGGAGCUCAACAAGUACAAGUACAAGUCCGGCGGCCACGAGAGCGCACGGCACCACGACAGCGCCAAGACCGAGGCUCUGCAGGAGGAACUGAAGGCGGCUCGCCUGCAGAUCAACGAGCUCAGCGGCAAGGUCAUGCAGCUGCAGUACGAGAACCGCGUGCUCAUGUCCAACAUGCAGCGCUAUGACCUGGCCUCGCACCUGGGCAUCCGCGGCAGCCCCCGCGACAGCGACGCCGAGAGCGACGCGGGCAAAAAGGAGAGUGACGACGACUCGCGCCCGCCGCACCGCAAGCGCGAAGGGCCGAUUGGUGGCGAGAGCGACUCGGAGGAGGUGCGCAACAUCCGCUGCCUCACGCCCACCCGCUCCUUCUACCCCGCGCCCGGGCCCUGGCCCAAGAGCUUCUCCGACCGGCAGCAGAUGAAGGACAUCCGCUCGGAGGCCGAGCGCCUGGGCAAGACCAUCGACCGGCUCAUCGCCGACACGAGCACCAUCAUCACCGAGGCGCGCAUCUACGUGGCCAACGGGGACCUGUUCGGACUGAUGGACGAGGAGGACGACGGCAGCCGCAUCCGCGAGCACGAGCUGCUCUACCGCAUCAACGCGCAGAUGAAGGCCUUCCGCAAGGAGCUGCAGACCUUCAUCGACCGCCUCGAGGUGCCCAAGUCUGCGGACGACCGCGGCUCCGAGGAGCCCAUAUCCGUGAGUCAGGUACAGUUCUGCCUAUUGCGAGCCACGGCGCUGGCGAGGCUGGCACGCGGAGCUGCAGACCCUCGUGGGGCAUCUCCGCGCUCCAACUUCCACGCCCCGCUUUAGGGAAGUCCCCGCCCCAGGGAGCACCUGUUCCUUCAUCCUGCCCUUCCGGCCUGAGGUUUGGGGAACUCACUCUCUCAGUCAAAUACCUCUUUACCUGCCUGUUUUCUUUUAAAAGGGAAAUUUAUCAAAGCCAUUUCAGAUUUUGUAUAAAGAUGAAGUGAUUUAUAAGAUACGUUAGUAUUUUAGAAGGCCAACAUUUUCAUACCAUUCUGUGAAAAGAUCGAGAUGCAAGAAGGCCUGAAUUGGAAUCGCUAAGUGUUGAUCUGAGAUUUUAAAGCUAAGAUCCAAAUUGAGUUUAAGGUGUGUGUGUGUGUGUGUGUGUGUGUGUGUGUGUAAGUACGAAAUAGGAUAGAUGGAUGUUGACUGGUCAAUGUAAAAAUCAGUGGUGAAGAGACAUGACCCUGAGUCUCCUGUCCUACCGAAAGGAACGCAUGGAGACCACUCCUUUCCCGUAGGCGGAAGUGGCAUGAUCGUAUUUUUUAGAGAAAAUCAUCAUCAGUUAGGUGGUGGAGAACCUGAGGAUUGGGGAAGUAGUGUUACAAUUUAAAGCAAUACUAAUCUGGAGGGGAAAGUAACAACUAUUCCAGCACAGGCAAAGCCAGCCUUUUCCUCCUCGGUGAUUUGUAGAGGCACAACCGAUGAAUGGGACUCAACUGCAUUGGUCAGGUAUGUGGCCACUUGAGGACCAAUGCAUUCUGUCAGAGUAAGCCACAUCAGAGGUCACUUAGGAAACAACACAGGCAGUGCUAUCCCCUCUGGCAAGCCUGCUGCCCUGUAUCCUUUAGAGUACGCGCAGAAGUAUGAUAGCAUGCAUGGCUUUUAAGACACGCAAGACGUUUCUGUACAGAUAUCAACUUGUGCACAAAAGCAUGGCCCUGAGCUAACUGCCUGUUAAUCAUGACUAGAAAAACCACAACCCUCUUGCUUCUUUAGCGUGCAUGUUGCUCUGCUUUGCUAUAAAAAAAAAAAAGUUUUUGUGAUCAAAGUUGUUGUACUUUGAAAUGUUAAGGUUUAUUUUUUUCUAUUUAUUAUAUAUAAAAUAAUUGGUUUUUAGUUUCCUUGUUGCAGAUUUUGAAUACUGUUUUGAGCUUGUGGUUUUUCAAUUAUACCCUCAUGGAAAAAAAAUAGAAAUCAGAGUGAAAGAAAGCACUGUAUAUAAUUAUAGGCUUUCAUAUUUUGUGAGUAUAGGCAUAAUGGGGGUGUGUUUACUUUAAAUUGAAUAAAUACUUAUUUGACAUGAA